AGAUCUUUACUCAUCUUUGUUCCAUCAAUGUCCCAGAAAAAGAGAAGGAACAAAUACAAGGCGAGAAACGCGGACUCUCUCUCUCUCUCUCUCUCUCCUUUGCUGUUGGAUCGGAAAUUAUGCCCCUCGUAACACUGCUGAAAACCCUGAAUCCCUCCCGUUUGAAAACCUUCCUCUUGAUCAUCUCCUUUCUCCUCAUCUUCUACCUUCUCUUCCACCGCCGCGCUCCUCUCUCGCAUCUCCGAAGCGCGUCCCAGUCUCCACUCACGCGCCGCCACCUUCUCUUCGCUAUCGCCUCCUCUUCUCGUUCCUGGCCUCGCCGCAAGUCCUAUGUCCGACUCUGGUACUCCCCGAACUCCACGCGCGCACUCGCUUUCCUGGAUCGCGUCGCCCCCGAUGCGGCCAGUGACGACAGCGUCCCUCCGGUCGUCGUCUCCGGAGACACCUCCAAGUUCCCUUACACGUUCCGGGGGGGCCUCCGAUCGGCGAUACGCGUGGCGCGCGUGGUGAAGGAGGUCGUCGAUCGCGACGAGAAGGACGUUCGGUGGUAUGUGUUCGGAGACGACGACACGGUCUUCGUCGUGGACAAUCUGGUCAAAACCCUGGCGAAGUACGACCACGAGCGGUGGUUUUACGUUGGUAGCAACUCGGAGAGCUACUAUCAGAACGUGAAGAACUCCUUUGAGAUGGCAUUUGGUGGUGGAGGCUUCGCGAUAAGCUAUUCGCUCGCAAGAGUUUUGGCCAGGGUUCUCGAUUCGUGCUUGGUGAGGUACGCGCACUUGUACGGAAGCGAUUCUAGGAUAUUUUCGUGCUUGGCGGAACUCGGCGUCGGUUUAACCCAUGAACCUGGGUUUCAUCAGGUUGAUAUGAGGGGGAAUUUGUUCGGUUUGCUGUCUUCACAUCCAUUAGCUCCUUUGGUAUCCCUUCAUCAUUUGGAUGCUGUGGACCCAAUCUUCCCUAACAUGAGCAGGACUCUAGCAAUGGGGCAUCUUUUUGAAGCCAUGAAUGUUGAUCCUGGCAGGAUAUUGCAGCAAACUGUCUGCUAUGACCCUUCAAAUUCAUUGAGUGUUUCAGUUGCAUGGGGUUAUGCUAUCCAGUUGUUCGAGGGUAAUGAAUAUCUCCCAGAUCUCAUCUCACCGCAGAGAACUUUUAUGCCAUGGAAGAGGAGUGCCUCUAUUGAUGCAAGUCGUUACAUGUUUAAGACAAGAGAAUAUUCGAAAGAUCCAUGUAAAAGACCUGUUAUCUUCUUUCUGGAAACUGUGAUACCCGAUAAAGGUGGUGUCUGGAGCUACUACACUCGGCACAUGGUUGAAGAGUGUGACAGACCUAAUGCAAUAAAGAAUUUGACACGUGUCAAAGUGUUUUCGGAGACGCUUGAGCUUGAUAUGGAACAGAUGAAGGCUCCUUGUCGUCAUUGCUGUGACAUUUUGCCCUCUUUUAAUGAAUCUAUGGUCAUUAAACUUAGACAAUGCGGAGUGUAUGAACUAAUUUCCAUGCAUGUCUAGCAUUUUAUGGGAAGAGAACUUUUAAAGUACAUUCAGAGGUUAGAAGUUCUGAAGCAGAUUCGGGUCUCUUUAUUUAACUUUUGGUAUGCGAACUGCGAGCACUGGGGAGGCGCUUGAUAUGGGAGAUUAAUUGGCGCCUUCAUGCUGGAUUUCAGAUCUGAAGGUGCGACAUUGGGGAAGCCAGUCCAGCGCCGGAGUGCUCGGUGGCCGGAUCCAGCAGAGUAUGGCAUAACGCUGGUGUUGAAAAAUCUUUCGGUCACCGGAAACUGGCCUGUCGAUGAUUUUUCCAGACAUAAAGAAAGAAUGUCGACAUAUGCCAAAGAUGGUGGAUGACAAAUAAGUGAAAUGAAAUGUGCAAGAUCUCUCAUCGAUUGGUGUAAUAGUGAUUACUCCCGAUCAGACUCCGCCCUACAGAAACAUGUGAUGAUGUAUCCUUUAAAAGUUUUCUUUUGUGAAAGAUUAGUGUCCAUUCAUGCGAGUGUAGUAUGUUAAGCAAGCAUUCGGAAGAAUUUUUCU